AUGGCAAGUUUUCAAUCCCUUUCCAUGACCACGCCCAUGCCCCUCAAUGUAAUUAUCUUUGUAGCACUUGUAUGCCUUGCAAUCACUUCCACUACUUCAACUCGAACCCUCGAUGAAGUGGAAGAAGCAUCACAGCAACCUAACGUUGCCCAAGCCCCCGUUUCAUCCAUUCUCCCUCCACUUGUACCCGCAUCCCCUGUUGCAGAACCUGUCAAAGGCGUUGAUCAACACCACAUACUCUCAUUUUUCAUGCACGACAUUCUAGGAGGCUCCAACCCCACAGCUCGAGCAGUGACAGGUGUUGUUACGAAUCCGGCUCUGAACGCUCAAGUGGCAUUCGCUAAGCCAAACGGUGCAAACCUUCCUUUCAACAACGGCCUUCCCCAGAACAACAACAAUGGUGGAAUUCUUAAUAACAACAACCUUCCCUUCCUCACCGGACUGGGUGGUACCACGGGCAACAUCUUUAACAAUAACGGCAACAACUUUGUCAACGGAGGGGUCGGUUUCCCGGUGACCAACACAAACCAGCUCCCAGAAGGAAUGACUUUGCAGAAGGUCAUGUUUGGAACGAUGACUGUGUUUGACGAUGAACUAACAGAAGGGCAUGAGAUGGGUUCGGGUUUAGUGGGGAAGGCACAAGGCUUUUAUAUAGCCAGCGCUGUGGAUGGAACAAGUCAGUUUAUGGCUUUCACUGCUAAGUUUGAAGAGAAUGGUUAUGUCGAUAGCCUCAGCUUCUUUGGUGUCCAUCGAACUCAAGUUUCCGAGUCCUACAUUGCCAUCAUUGGAGGAACCGGAAAGUAUGUGAACGCAGAGGGAUAUGCCAUUAUAAAGUCUUUUCCGGUCAGCGGUCAGCAACAUAAUACUGAUGGAGUUGAGACUUUGUUGCAGCUCACUGCAUAUCUUGCUUAUUAG